AUGGUCGAUUCAAGUAAAACGUCAACCGAUGGACCGGAAGAUACAGUAGACGCCGACAGUCGCGAGAAACCUCAAGAGCAGGAUUUGGAAAAGAACAUAGCCGAGCAGUCCAAGAAAGAAGAAGCGUUCCUCGUCAAAUUUGAAGAUAACGAGAGCAGCAACCCCAGGAACUGGUCAAACCCAUACAAGGCAUGGAUCACAUUGCAACUCGGCUUUCUAGCUUUCACCGGCUCGGUCGGAAGCUCGAUAAUAUCACCUGCAGCGCCGAUUCUAGCAGAUGAGUUCGGCAUCUCCCAAGAGGUUGUCGUCCUCACGGUAGCUCUAUACGUUUUGGGUUUCGCUCUGGGUCCCAUGAUGUGGGGCCCAAUAAGUGAAGUCUAUGGCCGCAAAUGGAGUAUGCUACCCGCCGUCGCCGUCCUUGGUCUGUUCAGUAUAGGCACAGCCACAAGCAGGAACGCUCAAAGUCUCUUCCUGACCCGGUUCUUUGGUGGCCUCUUCGGCUCAUCUCCUAUAUCCAAUGUCUCGGCCGCCCUGGGAGACAUGUACGAGCCAAAGGCCAGAGGACUUGCCAUGACGUUUUAUGCUGUCAUGGUUGUAGGAGGGCCAACGCUGGGACCCGUAGUAGGCAGUGCUCUUACCAACAACAAGGCUUUAGGAUGGCGAUCGACAAUGUACGCCCAAGCAAUGUUCGUAGCCGUCAUGGUUCUUACCACCUUCUUCGCCAUGCCGGAGGUGUAUGGCCCAGUAUUGCUCAAAAGGAAAGCCAAACGUGUACGAAAGGAGACCGGAGACGAGCGAUUCUGGCACCCACAUGAAGCCGAGAAGAUUCGUCUGAAUAACGUUAUAAACAAGUACUUCAGCAGACCUCUCCGUAUGUUGGUCACUGAACCGGUGGUAGCAAGCAUUGCCUGUUAUGCCUCCUUCGUGUAUGGCAUCCUAUAUCUGACUCUUGAAGUCUUCCCAAUAGUCUUCAGGGAGCAGAGAGGAUACAGUCUAGUCUUAUCCUCACUACCGUUUCUUGGUCUCUUCGUCGGUGUCCUCUGCGCUGUGGGAAUAAACCUCGCCAACCAAGGCCGCUACGCAAAAGCCGUAGAAAAGAACAACGGACGUUCUGCACCUGAUGCACGUCUCCCUCCAAUGGUCGUCGGUGGCGUUCUCUUUACUGCUGGUCUGUUCUUCUUUGGCUGGACAGCUGCUCCGGAAUAUCAUUGGAUACUACCCGUUGUUGCGGCCGGCUUGAUAGGAGCUGGCUUCAAUACCAUCUUCCAACAGUGUAUCAACGUUUUGGUAGACACAUAUGGUUUAUACGCCGCUAGCGCCACGGCUGCCAAUACAUUUUUGCGAUCCUUGUUCGCUUUUGGGCUUCCGCUCGUAGCUGGACCCAUGUUCCGAAACCUGGGUGUAGGGCCUGCUGCAUCAGUUCUUGGUGGAAUAUCUUGUCUUGGACUUCCCGUACCGUUCAUAUUCAUGGCCUUUGGGGAUCGGCUUCGGAAGAAUUCCAAGUUCGCUCCAGCAUCGUGA